CUCCCUCCACCCCUAUUUAUUCCCAUCAAACACUUUAUUCACUUCCUCACAACUCCUCCUCCUUCUGCACAUGCUCAAACUUUUUAGCCUCUCUAGAGUGGAAAUAUGACUAGUUUUGCAGUUUUCUUAGUGGGUUUUUUCUCGUUUGUGACAUCUGCAUAUGGCUAUUAUGGAGGUUGGAUUAAUGCUCAUGCCACCUUCUAUGGAGGAGGUGAUGCAUCUGGAACAAUGGGCGGGGCUUGUGGGUAUGGAAACCUGUACAGCCAGGGAUAUGGAACUAAUACAGCAGCACUCAGCACAGCUCUGUUUAACAAUGGUUUGAGCUGUGGAGCAUGUUUUCAGUUGGUGUGCGUGAAUGAUCCACAAUGGUGUCUACGGGGAUCCAUAAUCGUCACAGCCACCAAUUUCUGCCCUCCAGGCGGGUGGUGUGAUCCCCCCAACCACCACUUUGAUCUCUCUCAGCCUGUUUUCCUACGUAUCGCACAGUAUAGAGCCGGCAUCGUGCCCGUCCUCUACAGAAGAGUGCCGUGCAGAAGAAGUGGGGGAAUCAGGUUCACCAUCAACGGCCACUCAUAUUUCAAUCUAGUCCUCGUAACUAAUGUCGGGGGUGCUGGAGAUGUACAGGCAGUGUACAUCAAGGGAUCAAGAACUGCAUGGCAGCCAAUGUCAAGAAACUGGGGCCAAAACUGGCAGAGCAAUUCAUACCUCAAUGGACAAAGCCUGUCUUUCAAGGUUACCACAAGCGAUGGCCGAAGCGUCGUCUCGUACAACGUUGCUCCGCCCAACUGGUCUUUUGGCCAGACGUUCUCCGGAGGUCAAUUCCGCUAGGCCAGUACUGCAACCAGCGAUCAACGGGAGUAUGGUGUUAUAAACUGAAACUGUUUAACUAAUUAUAAUCUAGUUUAGUGCGAGAAAAGACACUAUAAGAAUCCAAUAUAUACUUAAAAGGGCUUAUUUUGAAGGAGCCCUAGCUACUCCUUAAUUUGCAGUGAGUAGUAUAUAUCUACUUCACA